AUGGAUGAAGAUAAAUUAUCAAUCAUAUUAGAUCAAUCAUCAAAUAAAAAAGUAAUCAAUAAUGAAUAUAAAAUAAUUAAAAAAAUCGGUCAAGGUCAAUAUGGUAAAGUAUUAUUAGGUGAAUUAACAACAAAAUCAAAUUCAUACGUUGCAAUUAAAACGAUAAAUCGAAUAGAUAAAAAGAGAUUAAUCACCAAGAAUUACAUGUCAUCAAUUUCAAAAAUUCGUAGAGAAAUUUCAAUAAUGAAAGAAUGUAAUCAUCCGAAUGUAGUGAAAUUAUAUAAAGUCAUUGAUGAUUUGAAAUUUGAUAAAAUAUUGUUAAUUCUUGAAUAUUGUAAAUUUGGAGAAAUUGAUUGGAGGAAUUAUAAUCAUUACUAUGAGAAAUAUAAUAAGCCAAAAGCUUUAAUACUUAAUAAAAUAUUACGAGAUGUUUUGAAUGGUCUUGAAUAUUUACAUUGUUAUAAAAAUAUAAUUCAUCGAGAUUUAAAACCUUCAAAUUUAUUAAUUGAUCAAAAUGGGACUAUUAAAAUUUCUGAUUUUGGAGUUAGUUUAAUUAUCGAAAAUAAUUCUAAUGAUGAUGUUGAAUUAGCUAAGAUAAUGGGUACUCCUGCUUUUUAUGCUCCUGAAUUAUGUCAAUUUGUUAAUAAUAGAUAUUCGAUAAUUACAAAUAAAGAUCAUGAAGCAAAUAAGAUUAAAAUUGAUUAUAGGAUAGAUAUUUGGAGUUUGGGGAUUACUUUAUAUUGUCUUAUGUUUAAUAAUUUACCAUUCAAUGGGAAAAAUGAAUUUGAAAUGUGUAAAAAUAUAGUCAAUCAAGAGUUAAAAUUUCCUGUUAUAAAACAUUCAAAAAGAGUAAAAGAAGAAGAUAUUGAAGAAUUGAAACAUUUUAAAUCACUAGUGAAAAAGAUAUUAGUCAAAAAUGCAAAUGAUAGGAUAAGUAUAGAAGAGAUUAAACAUCAUUCAUUCACAACGUAUGACUUGAAUACUAUUGAAAUUAAGAAGUUUCUUAAUUUCAAUAAGGCAAUUUUUAAAGAUGCAGAUUGUAAAAAACAGAUUAGUAAUAACCAGGAAUUGAAUCUAUCUACUAGAUUGAAAAAUUUUUUCAAAUCUAAUAAUGGUGAACCAAGUUUACCUUUAACGCCACCCCCUAAAAUAUCACCAUCAACAUCAACAUCAACAUCAAACUCAAACUCAAACUCAAACUCCUCAAAUUUAAAAUCAAAUUAUAAAGACUUACAUCAUGUGGAUGAUUUAUUAGAUUCUUAUUUAGAUGACUCAUCAUCUGAAAGUAUUGAAGAAGAUAUAGAUACGACAAAUAUAUUAAAUGAUUUAGACAUAGAAUCACCAACUAAAAAACAUAUACCAGAGCCAUUAAAUUUGAAAGAUAUAUCAUCAUACAAACUAACAACCAGUUCAACACCAACGAAUAAUGAAUUAUCACCUUAUAAACAAAGUAGUUCAAUCACACCAACGAAUAAUAACAUCACAAUCAUAGGAGAAAGUUCACCAUCGAGAAUAAUUUCAUUUUUUAGUCCAUCAAAACGAUUUUUCAAAAGAAAUCAACUUUUAAACGAUAGUUAUAAUCCAACAAUAAGUUCAUUAUCAAGUCCAAUUGGAGAGAAUAAACAACAACAUUUUGAUUUAAUUGAACCACCAUCAAUAUUCAGAAAAAGAGUCAAUGACGAAGAAGAUAAUAACAACAAACAAGAUAAUUCAAACUCAAAUUCAAAUUCAAAUUCAAACUUUUACGGGACUGGACUUAGGAAAUUAAGCUCUAGUUCAUCAUCAUUGAAUUUAAAUGCAUAUUUGACAGAUGAAUCAGAUUCAAUUUCAAUUAAAACAAAAGGGAAGAAGAAAAUAUGUGAGAAGAUAACUAAAGAUGAAGAUGAAGGUGAUUCUACAUUGAUAUUUGAUGAUUCAGAAAUACGGAAUAUAAAGGGGAUGGAUGAGUAUUUAAAUAGUUUAAAUUGA